CCUGGUAACUUAGAUGGCUGAUAAAACGUACAUUUUAUCAAGUUGUGAGAUACAGACCUAUGGUUCUUUUUUGGUCGUUUUUAGUCAUAAUCCAUUCUCAGACUCAUAAAUGGGCCCUAGUUCUUAUCUUUGUUGUUCUCUUAGCACUUGAAUUUGUACUUCCCGAACUUGUUCCCGGUGAUUUUGACCAAGAUUUCAGUGACACCUUCAGCAUGUAGACUCCCUCAGAAUAUUUUGCAGAAACCAAGAAAUGGAUCCAAACAAGCCGUGGUUUCCUAGCUCGCCCGGUGCCCCCCACAUGCUGUGGCUACAGCAGCAGGCGCGGGGCAGAGGUCUGCUCCCAGAAGAACCGGCUGUGGGCCAUGCCCGGGGGCUGCCAUUGCCAGAGGAGCCUGGCUACGGGCGUGCUAGGGGCAUAGCCUUACCGGGCGUCCCUCCUGCAGUGCAGUACGGCAGAGGGAUGCCGUACGCUCUGAAUGACCGUCCUGUGGGCUUCGCCCGGGGGCUGGCCUUGCCAGAGCAAGAGUGCGGAUUGGGCCGUGCCCGAGGGCUGCUGCUCUCUACUACCGAGCCCAGUGUUGGGCUUCCAACUGAAAUACGCAAUCCUGGUCAGGUCUCCCCAGGUCAGCCUGCUGUGAUAGACCUCCCUGCAGAUAUGCCAGGUCUGCAGACAGAAGAGGAAGAGGUGACCCACGUAAAGCAGGUGGAAUUGCCCGCCCCCUCGGUAUCAUUGGUGUCCAUGUUUCGGGGGAUGGGGAUUGAACCUCUCAAGACUUCCUGGGGGAGGGGAGUGCCGUCUCUGGGGCGUGGAGCGUUCGGAGAUACUGAAACGGAGCUGAAGUCAUCCACGGCCCCUGUGAGGGAGAGGCAUGCAGAGGAGAAGGGGCGUGGAAGUGUCUUGGGUCAGAUGGUUGGUGUUGGGCGAGCUACACCUUCACCCAUGAGCUGGGGGAGAGGGCCCAGUGCACCCACUUUUCUUACCCCCACCACCCUCCCAUCCCCUGCCCUGCAUGUGACAAAAGAGCCCCCAAAGGCCCCAGGAAGCCCUCCCCCACCUGCUGUGCCCAAAGGGGAGCUCAAGAUGGAGGUCACACGCGAGCCACUGGAAAAAAGAGGCACCAAAGGAACCCCUCUGCCCAUUGGCUCAAACCACAUCGCGAUCUGCUGCAGGAACGAGGCAGUCUUUCAGUAUCAUGUCACCUUCACGCCGAAUGUGGAGUCCAUGAGCAUGCGGUUCGGGAUGAUGAAAGACCACCGCUCCACCACAGGGGAGGUUAUUGCCUUUGACGGCUCCAUCCUGUACCUCCCGGUCAGGCUGGAUGAGGUAAUUUACCUGAAGGGUGAAAGGCGCACAGACAACCAGGAGAUUCAGAUCAAGGUCCAAAUGACCAAAAUCCUGCCGCCCAACUCCGACUUGUGCAUCCCAUUCUACAACGUGGUGCUGAGGAGAGUCAUGAAGAUCUUGGGACUGAAACUGGUGGGAAGGAAUCACUACGACCCAAAAAGUGCAGUUAUUCUUGGAAAGCACAGGCUGCAGGUGUGGCCAGGUUAUUCCACCUGUAUCAAGCGCACUGACGGAGGCCUGUACCUGUCUGUGGACGUGUCACACAAAGUGCUGCGCAAUGACUCUGUGCUGGAUGUGAUGAAUGUGAUUUAUGAGAAGAGCAGGGAGAGCUUUCAGGACGAGUGCACCAAGGAGCUGGUCGGCAGCAUUGUGCUGACCCGCUACAACAACCGCACCUACCGCAUCGAUGACGUCGAGUGGUCCAAGUCCCCCAAAGACACCUUCACCAUGGCGGACGGGUCACAGAUCUCCUUUCUGGAUUAUUAUAGUAAGAACUAUGGGAUCACCAUAAAAGAGGUGGACCAGCCUUUGCUUGUGCAUCGGCCCAGGGAGCGGUCGAUGCCGAGGGGAAAGGUGAUUACUGGAGAGAUCCUUCUCCUUCCAGAGCUCUCCUUCAUGACUGGAAUCCCAGAUAAAAUGAGGAAGGAUUUCCGGGCCAUGAAGGAUCUGACGAUGCACAUCAACGUGAGCGGGGAACAGCACACCCACUCGCUCAAGCAGUUGCUCCAGAACAUCAACACCAACAAGGAGGCCCUGGCAGAGCUGGCUCGUUGGGGCCUGGACAUCAGCAACAACAUCCUGGUGACUCAAGGAAGGACCCUGCCAAUGGAGACCAUCUGUCUGCAGUCGGCCUCCUUCGUCACAGCUUCUGAUGUCAGCUGGUCCAGGGAGGUAGUCAGGGAUGCGUCCAUCAGCUGUAUUCCCCUGAACUGCUGGGCUGUGUUCUACCCACGACGUGCAGCCGAGCAGGCCGAGGAGCUGGUGGCCACCUUUGGCAAAGUGGCGGGGCCAAUGGGGCUGCGACUGGACCGACCAAUCCGCGUUGAGCUGAGAGACGACCGCACCGAGACCUACGUCAAGAGUAUUCACUCCCAGCUGACCAGUGAGCCCAACCUCCAGCUGGUGGUGUGCAUUAUGACCGGCAACAGAGACGAUCUGUACAGUGCCAUCAAGAAGCUGUGCUGUGUGCAGAAUCCAGUCCCCUCUCAGGCCAUAAAUAUCCGGACCAUUUCCCAACCACAAAAACUGAGGAGUAUCGCUCAGAAGAUCCUGCUGCAAAUGAACUGCAAGCUGGGAGGGGAGCUGUGGACUGUGAAUGUCCCACUGAAACAUCUAAUGGUAAUUGGAGUUGAUGUCCAUCAUGACACAAGCAAGAAGAACAGAUCAGUCAUGGGAUUUGUGGCAAGUCUGAACAGUUCACUGACCAGGUGGUAUUCCAGAGUGGCAUUCCAGAUGCCCAACGAGGAGAUGAUCAAUGGCUUCAGGGUGUGCCUGCUGGCAGCCUUACAGAAGUACUACGAGCUGAAUCACACCUUCCCGGAGAAGAUUGUGGUGUAUCGGGAUGGCGUUUCAGAUGGCCAGCUUCCAACCGUGGAAAAAUUUGAGAUUCCACAGCUGCUCAAGUGCUUCGAGACGUUCCCCAACUACGAGCCAAAAUUGGCAUUCAUCGUGGUCCAGAAGAGGAUCAGCACCACACUGUACGCUUGCAGUGACGAACGCUUUGGCACCCCCCCUCCUGGGACUGUCCUCGACCACACAGUCACCAACAGGGAAUGGGUGGACUUCUACCUAAUGGCUCAUCACAUUCGCCAGGGCUGCGGCUUGCCAACGCAUUACAUAUCUGUGUAUAACACAGCCAACCUUACUCCUGACCAUUUACAAAGGUUGACCUUCAAGAUGUGCCAUUUGUACUGGAACUGGCCUGGCACCAUCCGUGUGCCCGCACCCUGCAAAUACGCCCACAAACUGGCCUUCCUGUCGGGCCAGUACCUGCACUCUGAGCCCUCAAUCCAGCUCUCGGAUAAACUGUUCUUUCUCUAAACGGCACUUAGGCCUAUUGAGAGGCUGUAGCUCGUCUUUGUCUGUUUUACGGAGUACAGCCAAUAAGGUCAACUCUCAAAACGCUUUUUGAAGUUUGUUAAAUGUGAAGUUUUGGUUAUUCAAUCACAACCGUAUUCCUUUAUUUAUUUUUGUAUUUAACAGCUGCAGUUGCAACUCUGUUGGUGUGAAUUAAACAUCUUUUCCUUUAAA